CAGGAGGGUGGAGCGAGGUGUGGAGGAGUGGUGGAGCCCGCUGGGGGUUGGGCAGACAUGUCGGGGGCCAGCAGGCUGAUGAGAGCCGUCAGGGUGACGGAGUUCGGAGAUCCGUCGGUGCUCAGACUCCGCGCGGACGUGGCCGUCCCGCGGCCCGGAAGCAGACAGGUGCUGAUUCGGGUGCAUGCCUGCGGAGUCAACCCUGUGGAAACGUACAUCCGGGCAGGGACGUACGCCCGUAAGCCCCCCCUGCCGUACACACCGGGCACAGACGUAGCCGGAGUGGUGGAAACUGUUGGAGAAGGAGUGACCGCAGUAAAGGCAGGAGACCGCGUGUUCACCACAGCCACGGAGUCCGGGGGCUACGCGGAGUUCGCCGUGGCAGCCGACCGAUGUGUCCACAAGCUGCCCGAGGCCUUGCACCUGAGCCAGGGAGCAGCCAUCGGCGUCCCCUACUUCACCGCCUACAGGGCUCUGGUCCACAAAGCUCACGCCAAAGCUGGAGAGACCGUCCUCAUCCACGGGGCCAGUGGAGGGGUGGGUGUGGCAGCGUGCCAGCUGUCCCGUGCUUUGGGUCUGAAGGUUUUGGGGACGGCGGGGACGCCAGAGGGGCUGAAGCUGGUCCUCAGCAACGGAGCUCACAUGGCCUUUAAUCACAGAGAAGAGGGCUACACAGACCAAAUCCUGGAAGCCACACAGGGUGGAGGCAUCGAUGUGAUCGUAGAGAUGCUGUCAAACAUCAACCUCAGUGCAGACCUCCAGAUGUUGGCUUUGGGAGGACGUGUUGCGAUCGUCGGCUGCAGAGGCUCAGUGGAGAUCAACCCCAGAGACGCCAUGGCUAAGGAGAGCAGCAUCAUGGGAGUGGCCCUCUUCUUAGCCACGCCGGAGGAGAACGAGGAGUGUGCGGCGCUGCUCUGCGCCGGGAUGGAAGCUGGCUGGCUGCGUCCGGUGGUCGGCUCCCAGUAUCCGCUCGCCGAGGCCGCACGGGCCCACCACGACAUCAUCGAGUGUGCCGGGGCUGCUGGGAAGACGGUCCUGGUCGUGUGAUGACGUGAUCACCGCGCAGCUGGGAAUGAUGGGGAAAGAGUCGUGCCGUCAGAAGAUGGUUAAAUAAAAUCAAUAAAAUAAAUCAUGUUAAUAAUAAU